AUGGCCGAGCAAAGCGCCAUGGCGACCCUCGGCGACGAGCACCGGCGAAUAGCAAAGGCAGCCUGUUCUGUGUAUGAUCUCCAGGUGGACUCAGAUGCCGUGGUAGACUCCAUGUAUGCGACUUCUUGCAAGUUCAGCGAUCCUUUGGUGUUGGUUUCGGGCCCUUCCCACGUGAAGGCCCAGUUUCGGUCUCUUCGAAUGCUCUUUCGGGAGAUUGAUUUCCAUGUGGACGGAAUCGGUCCUCUGGGCGAGAAACUGGUGAUUGAGGCCACCGUAACCUACGUGCCCAAAUUCAUGCCGAGAGCCUGUGCCUUGAGGCUUAAGCAGUUUACGACGCUCACAUCGACAGCGGGGCGCAUUGAGGGUGGCGUCCCUCAGGCUAGUUUAGGUGGAGGUGGUGAAUGUCGCGGCGUCGACGAGGGGGACUUGGGCCAUGCCAUAGGUCAGAUAAGACAGCGAUUCGAGAAGGAUUCUGAAGGCGCCUACUUGCAGCUGGCAUACCUAGGCUGCAGCGAUGAGUAUUACCAAUGGUAUGUAAAACAGGAGGGGAAAAGAGAUGGUCUCCCUGCUGAUUGUUACCACCAUCUUUGUCGUCGCCAUGUCACGCGCUGCAGUCGGGCUGUGGGGGGUUCUGAUGUCAUUCACGUUCAGAAAUGGAGCCCAGUUACAAAGCAGGAAGCCCAUGACAUUUUGACUGCCUGGGGAUUCCCAGGGUUGCCAGCUGAUCCUACUCCGGCACAUGCACAUCAGACCGCUCCGAAGAGGAAAGUGAAGCGAUCCACCGCAAUGCAGGCUCUCCCAGCUGCAAAGGCUGAGGAGGGAGAAGAGGAUUUCGAGGACGAUGAAGGUGGGGCGGAGCCUGAAACCAGGCCUCCACUGAAACGGUAUCGGAAGAGGCAUCAGAGCGGUAAGGAGGGGAUACGGGGGGCAGUGCUGGACGCUAUGCUCGAUGAGGAUAUCGAGGUGAACAGUCCCAGAGGCCCCUCGAGAAAGAUUGAAGAUCGCUUGGAUGCCUUGCGCGCCAAACUUCAGGGUAAGCAGGCGGAGGCGAAGGGCAACAAAUCCGCUGGCGCCGUACUUGCUGCCCGAGCCGCGGAAUCGAGUCAGAAGCCUAGGAAGAAACGGAAGAGUGGCGCGAACGUCAUUCGCCAAUUGAGGAAGGCCCUUCAACUCCGGAAGUUGGCCGAGGACAAGCCAGGAAAGCUACUGUUGACUACACUCCAGGGCUUGCAUGAGCAGCUUGGUGCAGCAACUGGGGAGGCUAGCGAUGAUCCACUAUCACCCAUCAUGGUGCGGUACCUUCUUACUAUGGUCAUGCCGAGCUUCCCUUCCAAGCUCGGUGGAAGUGAAAAGUAUCGGGAGCUCCGAACCUUGUGUCAGGCACUCGACUGUCUGCUGCGUGGUAAAGUUGAUUCUGCGGGAGACAUCUUGGUACAGCGCUUUAAGAGCCUUGUUAUGGGAUUGCGUGACGGUACUGAAAGGUUCGGACAUUACCUAGAAUUGAUCCCUGAAGAGUCGCUCGGAGUCACAAGUGAUGAAGCGUUCUAUGCGCGGGAAUUGGCAGGACUCCGCGGGGAGCACGGGCAGGCCAACCCGGCUCCUUAUCGCGACCCUUCACCCCACAAGGCCGAAAGCGCUCCCCAGCAUCAGACAUUAGCGCCGAGCCCCCGGAACUCUCCCAGUCGACCUCCCCUCUUGAGGAAGAGGGAUACCCCCACCAAAAAGGAGGACAGGCAGGGAGAGGAUCGCCGGGACAACCAUGGGACUCGCAGAGGCCAGGGCUCAGACACCGAGGAAAAGCGGCGAGAGUCGCAAAGCAUGGAAAGACCGGAUAUUCAAGACAGCGCGGGGGCAGCAGUGAGCAGUUGUGUUGAGGUGGACCCCGGUGGCUGCCGGGGUAUUCCGGGUGACAGCCCGCGGUUUUUUAAUCAAGAAGGCUGUGACGAUCGCGCGUGUACAGCCCAGAGUGGCGGCUCGGGGAGUGCGUCGACACAGCUUGCUGUUGAAAGGCUGCUGCAGUUGCUGCAUGUUGAUGAUGAUUCGGAUGCUAGACCUCGCAUGUUGGCGCUAUUAUCGCAAGGAUUGCCUGAAACUCAGCAUGUUCUUCAGAUGGGCAUCACAGCUUUGCAGCUCCUGUUUUUGAGUCCACGAGAUGGACAGCUCAUUCAGACAUCAUUGCGUAGCAUGAUGAAAAAAUCGGUCACGCCUAUUGCUCGACAGAGGGAUUUGCUACCUUUACCUCUGCCUCCGAUAGGAGCUGCUAUUCAGGUUUUGGCCCAUUGUUCGAAAACAUCGGCUGGCAUGCUGUUCUGGAACCCUACGAACGAGCAUAAACGACAUAAGCAAAAGCUGUCCAAGAUUGUUGGAGCCGGGUGCAUGCAGUUGUGGAGGCUGCUUGUGGUUGUUGUUCUGAAUGGUGAGGCUUGCGGCUGGAAUUCCCCUUUGUUUCCACCCGUCAACAACGCCGGAACCGCAGCGCAGAGAGCUGCUCUUCGUCAUCUCACUGAGCUCGUUGAUCACUUUUGUCGCUGCCCGCUUGAGCUCCGCGAGGGGAAGUCUUUCGAGGACAUUGUUAGGAGCAAGGGCUUGGAUUAUGCUGGUGAGGAGGUUCUUCGGGCACUACCGGUCAGGCUGGGAGAGAUUGCUCCUGGGCUCCCGGCGGACGGAGUGGCUGGAUCCCUGGAGGCAACGACGGUUGCGGCAGGGAGGGUGAAGUCGUGGCUGACGGACCCCAGUCUAUGCUUGCUCCCACAAGAUCAAUGGCCUGACCCAUUGCCCAAAGCUUCGAUGAAUUGUACUCGUGAGGAUUGGCUUGAAAUCGCUCGGGUUUUAGUUGCCAAAAACAUCAUGGAGCCAAUCAAGCGUGAGGAGAUCUUUCGGGUGCGAGGUGAGUUGCUUCUCAACGGCAUCUUUGCCGUUGAGAAAAAGGGGGUGCCUGCCCCUGGUGAAACCAAGAUCACCCGUCUGAUCAUGAAUUGCGUGCCAUCAAACUCCAUUCAACGGUUGAUGGAAGGUGACCUUCCAACCUUGAGCUCAUCUUCCCAAUGGACGGCGGCGUACUUACACCCUUCGCAGGUGCUUCUCUGGUCCGGAGACGAUCAACGGGGUGCCUUCUAUGCGUGGAGGCUUCCAAGAGCUUGGCGGCGAUACCUUGCAUUCCGAUGGCCGGUGCCAGGGCAUGUGGUAGGGCUUCCGAGUGAAAGUGAGGUCUACCUGUCCUCAGCGGUGAUUCCUAUGGGGUGGUUGAACGCCGUGAGCCUUUUCCAGCAUCUCCACAGGCAGCUGGGUCUCUCCCCGCCGCCCGCUGGUGCUGGACUACCAGCUGAAAACGAAUGGCGUAGAGAUCGGCCUGUCCCAGCAAGCGCCACAUCACUCAACGGAGGGUGGAUCCAGUACUACUUGGAUGACUUCGAUGCUCCGGAAUAUGUUGGCAGGGAGCAGUGGCAACGCUUGCGUGGAGUAUCGUCGUCCACUCACCGUCGGCAGCGUGGUGCCUAUUCAAGGCAAGGGGUUGCGAUCUCUGAAGACAAGUCGCACGUCCGUGAGUUGUCGGUGAAUCGCAUGGGUGCGCAUGUUGAUGGAGAUAAAGGUUUCGUGAGCGUUCCGUUGCAAAAGUUGUUGGAAGUUGGUUGGAUGUGCAUUUGGACACUUGGGGAACGCUCCAUGUGUGACAAACCACUGCUUAUGCUGCUUGGAAGGCUGGUGAGAUGCUUCGAGUUUAGGAGGCCUUUGAUGGGGCUUCUGAAUGAGGUCUGGCCUAAAGGCAAGUGGUUCCUCCGGCGAAGCCUCAAAGCUCCUGCUGUGCGUGAGUUGCUCCGUGGAUUGUCAUGCUUGCCUUUAGCUGUCAGUUCACUGCGUACUGAACCCAGUGGGCUGGUCACAUGCUCCGAUGCCUCACUCGACGGGGCAGGCCUUUGCGCAAGUGCAGGGCUGACGCAGGAGGGCAAAACAUUGUUGGAUAAUCUCGAGGGUGGCGAUGUGCCCGCUUUCAGACCAACAGGGGCCCUCGAGUUCAACCGCGGUGAUGGGCCGCGUGUCUUGGUGGUGUCCCUCUUCGACAGUGUCGGUGCUGUUAUAUGUGCAUUAACAAGACUCCCCUGUCAAGUCAUCGGGUAUGCUAGCUCAAGCAUUGACAAGAAAUGCAAACGCCUCCUGCGAAGACGAUGGCCCGGAGUUAUUGAGCUUGGAAACAUUGAGAACAUUGACAGCAAGUGUAUUGAACAUCUCCACAAAAGCGUGAAUCACAGACUGGAUGUUGUCAUUGUUGGAGCAGGGUGUCCAUGCCAAGCUAUCGCUGAACACGGACAGCAUUCGCAAUUGUUCUUUCAUGUUCUUCGCGUUAUACAACUGUUCAAGCACGUUUUCGAGGUCCCGGUGCACUCGUUUGUUGAAAACACCUUCAGCAUCACGACAGAAAGCCGCCAAAAAUUUAGCAAUAUCCUUGAAACAGAGCCGCUAUUGUUGGAUGCUAAAUGGCUGUCUUGGUGUGAACGGCCUCGUUUAUUCUGGUGCUCAUGGGAUGUUCAACCUGUUGAUGGUGAAGCUUUGAUUGAUCGUGGUGAUUACCGCGAGCUCAAACUGCCCUUGACGCGAGGUGACCCUUCAGAGUGGUUGGAUGCGGGUUGUGUUUGGAAUGGCAAGAACCAUGGUUGGCUGCCUGCCCUCACGCGGCCCAAACCCCGGAAAACGCGACCUCGUGAUCCUGAUGGGUUAGCAGGCGCUAGUGAUGAUGCCGUGGCCCGCUGGGAACAAGAUCAGUAUAGGCUCCAAGUUUGCAACUAUGAGUCCGAUGUCAUGGUCAGGGGCGUGGAUGGUGCUCUUCGGCUGCCUUCGCCCAGUGAGCGUGAAACACUCAUGGGGUUUGACCGAGGGUAUCUGAGCAAAGCCGUCAGUCCCAAGUUGUCGCAUGACGAGGCUCUUGAUCUGGUUGGACACAUGGUCGGCAACUCCUUUCACGUGCAUGUGGUUGUGGUUCUAUUGCACAGCCUGCUUGUCAAUUUUGGUGUUGCCGCUGACCGCGAUCUAGUGCGCUUGAGGGCUUCUCAAGGUGAUGCUAGUGCCGGUUGGUUGUUGCAUCCCAAAUUCGUCGCCAGAAAUGUUGAAACUUAUGACACGGCGAAACUAGUGCUCCAUUUCAUGCGACAAGCAGAGCGUGGCGGUACUGAUGUUCGGCUCGACGCUCGAUCAAAGUUGACUUUGAAAAGUCAAAUGGUCUCAGGUGGAAUGCAAGCCAGAUACCGCAAAGCUGUGUUGGUAUUGCUUUCAUUUUUGGUUGAGUCGAGAAUCCAAGUGACGGCUUGGCAUGAUCUUGAUGAGGCUGUCUCGGCUUGGCUUGAAUUCGCAUACUCGGAGGGCGAAAGCAAAUCACUUGCUAGUGACGCGCUGGCAGGGGUGCAAUACUUCUUGCCUCCGGCAGUUGGCAUGCUAAAACACUCGUGGAAGUUGGCUAAAAUCUGGCACCGUCUGGAGCCGCCACUACGCGUGCUGCCAUUGAGCCCAAUGCUGGUCUUUGGUUUCGCCGGUGCUGCCGUCGGUAUGGGUUUCAUCCAUGAAGCUGCUGGGAUCAUGAUUGCAUUUGAUGCCAUGCUGCGUUCUGGCGAGCUCUAUGCACUCAAAGUCGGCGAUGUUAAAUUUAUGAGAGAACGCGCGGUUCUGAAUUUACAUCAAAGCAAAGCCGGAAAGCGUACAGGACACUCAGAAAUGGUGGUUGUGGAAAGCCGCAUGGCCUUCAAAUGGCUAAAGCGUGCAUGUCUGAAUAGGCCCAAAGCCGCGCUCCUCAUCGAAAGAGGCGCCGGCUUCUUUCGUAAGCUUUUUCACUCCCUGUUGAGUUUCUUCAAAACUGAGGGGCUCAUCAACGUCUAUAGCCUCAGACGUGGAGGAGCAACUUGGGAUUUUCUCCACCACCAAUCAAUGGAGCGUACCCUGCUCCGCGGACGCUGGGCAAGCACGAGCACUGCGCGCAUCUAUCUCCAGGAUGCCGCUGCCACCGUGAACCACCUGUCCUUAACACCUGAUCAACGCCACCUGGCAAAUUCCAUGCUGCAGAAACUAAAAUCUUGA